GUGUUGUGUUGCGCGGGGGCGGGGCUUAUCCAUACAGACGGGAAGGCGGUGCUAGAGCGCUUCCUUUCCCAGGCUGAGGAGCUGCAGUGGAGGGUCGGAGAUUCCCACAGCGCGGUGUUAAAGUCUACCAUGGCGCCCAGCUCACAGGCAGAAGAUGUCGUCUCUGGUGUUCGUAAUGGGAUUCGGGCAAUCCUGCUGGGGCCACCGGGCGCGGGAAAGGGAACUCAGGCCCCCAGGUUAGCAGAGAAGUUCUGUGUGUGUCAUCUGGCCACUGGAGACAUGCUGAGAGCGAUGGUGGCCUCUGGCACGGAAUUGGGCAAAAGAUUAAAAGAGACGAUGGAUGCCGGCAAACUGGUGAGUGAUGAAAUGGUCGUCGAGCUCAUUGAGAAGAACCUGGACACUCCCGCCUGUAAGCAAGGGUUUCUGUUGGAUGGUUUUCCUCGUACAGUCAAACAAGCAGAAAUGUUGGACGAUCUGCUGGAGAAACGCACAGAGAAGCUGGACUCUGUAAUUGAGUUCUCUGUAGAUGACUCUCUCCUUGUGCGCAGGAUCUGUGGCAGACUUAUUCAUCAACCCAGUGGCCGCUCGUACCAUGAGGAGUUUAAUCCACCCAAAGAACCUAUGAAGGAUGAUGUGACUGGAGAGCCUCUGAUUCGUCGUAGUGAUGAUAAUGAGUUGACCCUGCGCUCGAGGCUGGAGGCUUAUCACAGACAGACAGUCCCCCUGGUGCAGUACUAUAGCGCACGCGGUAUACACCGCGCCAUCAACGCUGCUCAGUCGCCCGACGUCGUAUUUGCGUCCAUCCUUGCUGCCUUCUCAGCUGCCACCUGUAAAGACCUUGUGUUAUUCAUCUAAACAUUCUCUCCAUCUCAUGAUUUUCCCCUUAGUGUUCUUAGUUUCUGUCUCGAUCACGGAAAGGUUUGGGCUUUAAGAAAAAUGCUGCACUUGAGUGUGUGUGUUUGCCAACUUAAGAUUGUCUGGGUGCAUGUUGUUGCCUCGACUAAGCUAUAAAUACUUAUUUUUAUUAAAUAAAUGACACAUCAUGGCACAUAUAGAAUUUCUCUCUGUGUAAUAGCAAUAGUGAUUGUGGUGUGUUCACUCAUGCUGUAUAUCUUGAAUUGGAAACAAAGUGAGCGUCAGUUUCUGAAGAUCUCUACAUUUGUGUCUAAGCAACCAGCAAUGGAUCUAGACAAAAAUAGUCUUUUUAUUUAAAAAUCUCACUCAGUAAGUCAGCAUGACUCAUCCGUCAACAGCUUUUCCUUUCUAACUUAUAACUAAUCAGUCUGAUUGUCAGAGCUGCUUGACAGUUACUCACUCAAGUGGAUCUUUUGUCCCUCUUCAUAAUUGUACAAUUAUUUUAAUCGUUUGUAAGCGAAUCAUUUUCAAACUUAAUUGCACUUUAUAUAAAAAAAAACACAGCGUGUGCUUUUGUCGUUGUGCUGUUCUUGUAGUUCUGCUCAUGUCCGCCAGGUGGCACGCUUAUACACUUUGUUUGUUUGUUUGUUUGUUUGUUUGCUGCAUCCUGCAGUGGAAAAAAUGAUUUGAUUUACUUGCUUUCCCUUUUUUUUGCGCCCAUGUGCUGUACAGACUAUUUAAUUUACUUGAGUCGUUUUUUUUUUU